AUGCAAUUCCACUCGCUCGUCCUCCAUGAAAAACCCGCUGUUCUGGAAUUCACGGAGAAGAAAUCAAUGGAAUGUAUUAUUGGGACUUAUCAGCUGCAUAAUAAUAAUGCUUAUUCCGGUAGCAUAUAUAAAUUGCACGGAAACAAAGUGGAUAAGUUAAUCGCUUUACCUGGAGGAGUUUUUCGUUUUGCUAUACUACCUAAUGGGCACAUUCUUUCUGCCUUAACAACCGGAUCAAUUGGUGUGGUCGAUAGCAAUUUGGACGCUGUGCAUAUUUUGCCAGUGACGGAAAAGGGAAUUUUACUUUCGAUUGCAAUUUGCGGGGAUUUCGCACUCUGCUCCGAUGGUUAUGGAACGGUGCAUGUUAUCAGUUUAGAAACAGGAAAUAUAUCUUCUUCCUUUUUGGGACAUUCAUCACCAUACACUGAUAAGCCGUGUGAGGUUUGGACAACUAUAUGGCUCGAUACCAAUUGUAUCCUAUCGGGUGGAGAAGAUAAUUUAUUAAAAUUAUGGGACUUGCGAUCAGAUACUAAACAACCAAUUAGUGUUAACACGACACAUAGAUGUGGAGUCAUUUCCCUUCGUAAGGAAAAUUCAGAAUAUAUUGUCACAGGUUCUUACGAUGAUCACCUACGCCGUAUCGAUCUCAGAAAUUUCGUCCAAUGCAUUCUUGACAGAAAGAUUAGCGGUAGUGCAUGGAGCAUACGUAUUGCAGAUGAAAAUUCCUAUAUUGUUUCUUGCAUGUACGGCGGUUGGACAAUGAUCAAGAAGGAGAAUUUUGAUAUUCUUCAUGAAAAUAAUAAACUAGGCGAAGAACUGUUGUACGAUGCGGAUUUCUCACCACAAGGUUCCCUUAUUGUUUCUUGCACUUUCAACAAUUAUACCAUAAAUUUCGAAACGGUAUAA